AUGUCUAUGACAGACUGAUUCAGAAAGGGAAAAAACCUGGAUUCCUUCAGCUGCUGGCUACACAGACUGUUAGUGCUAUUUGGCAUGGUUUGUAUCCUGGCUACAUUAUAUUUUUCGUUCAGUCUGCCCUAAUGAUUGCAGGUUCCCGAGUAAUUUACAGGUGGCAACAAGCUGUUUCGCCAAAGAAUGCUUUGCUUGGCAAGUUACUGACCUUAACCAACUUCUUUUACACGCUACUUGUUCUGAACUACUCCUGCAUUGGUUUCCUGGUGCUGAGCAUGCAAGAAACACUUGCUUCUUACAAGAGCGUGUAUUUCGUUGGCACCAUUGUUCCCAUCUUGUUUAUUCUACUGGGGAAGAUUAUCAAACCGGGUAGACCUGUUAGGGCUAAAACCCAGAAGAGCCAGUAAAACUUGUUGCAUUGAUCUGAUAGAUGCGACGCAGAUUGUGUCAGGUAGAUCAAAUCUUUCAUGUGUAGCUUGGAACUUCACCCGUUUGUGCAUGUUAUGCUCGAAAAUGAAACGAAUGAGUUUGACAUUUAUCCUUGAUCAGCUAUUUUCUGAGCGUUGUGAAACCAUUUUUCUGAUUAGUAUUUUUUUUUAUUCCUGAAUUCAGUCUGAAUGUUGGAUUAUUAGACUA